UCUUGCAAUGGGAGACACUCACAAAGGACUCCCGCAGUAGCUGACGCGCAAACACGAAGCUCAUGCGGCUGGCCGUUCCGCAAACGAUGCACACGCGGCUGGCCAUACCCAACAAACGACGCAGUUGCACUCGCCGAAGGCCGCUGAUCAGUCGAGGCAACGCCUGGCAGAUGGUGGGUCGCCGCCAGCGAUGAUGGUGCCCGAAGACGCACGGACAGUCGGUCACGUCAGCGGCCGAUGCGCCGGACGCAUCCGAGCGACGCGUCUGGAGAGGGUACGGACGGCGAUGGUGGACGUGUUUGCAGUGGCUGAGACCACAGACGCGGACGUGGUUCCCGUUGCCGGAGGCGCUGUAGCAGGCCCGACAGACCUGCAUGGAUUCUCCGCCUUCACUCGCAGUGGAUGGCCUGCCCGAUUGCGCGCGAGCAAUGUUCACCACGCGGCCCAGAUCACACGCCGCCUGUCGACCCCGCGAGCGAGACCAGCUGCUCGCUGGCCAUCUGUUCUGCGCUGCAUCUGCGAGCAGCGAUUGACACGCCUGUACGGCAGAUCUCUCCGGUCGCGUACUCACCGUAUCCCAUCUCCAAGCGCUGGUUGUACGACACACCCAGAUCGACGGCUGCGAAGUGGCGGAUUAGCGUCAGCACCUACCAACGCGCGGAUGCACGUCCCACGGACACGGCGAGUCAACGCGCCAGCCAGGGUGGUCAUUCGGUGCGGUACGAAUGCUGACUGGGCGAAGACACGACGGAUCGACGUCCGGCGAGCAGGGUGCAGAGCGUCGGGCACGGCGAGAAUAGGGAUGAAGGGGAGCUCCAAGUGCUCUACAGUUUGGUCAACACCGUGCACGGUGGUCAAAGACAACACACCGGCCGCGUUCAUAGCUCGGAUACGCAGCUGGCGCGGGCCGCUUGCGAUUGGUAACCAACAUCAUGUUGUCCGCGGGCACGUUCGCUUACUGGCGCUUCUCGACAUUAUAUCACGCGCGCGAUGGUCACCGUUCAGCGCAGCAAAGUCUGUCCUGCAGUUGUACAACGGUCCGCGAGGGGAAGCCAGCAGCCCGGUCAGCACUGUCCACCUCGGUCGAGGGAUGGAACACCAAUGGGCUCGCACCUUUGCGAAUCCUUCCGGCCGUCCGACACGCAGUGGGACACUGUCCGGCGAUUACUUCGCAAUGCUGCCACUAGCUGUUCGCCGCGCAAAGCAUGGAUCGCGGUGCUGCACGCGGCGGCUGCUGUUCGGUGCGUGCGGCGAGGGUCUCGACCUGCGAAGACACGACAGAUCGGCGUCCCGCGAGCAGAAUGUCGGAACGGCGAUGGUGGAGUGUACGGCGCAGGGUGGGGGGCCUGCAGCUUGAUGAGUCCGGGCUAAUUUCGCGGAUGCAACAACGAUGCUUACGCUGGACUGACGUGCGAUGCUCGAGGGGGGGGCCACGGACAGACCUGUGGCUCCGAUGUCCUGGCGUGAAUGGGCCGUCUGUCCAUGCGUCGUUGAUCGGAGUGUCGUGGAUUGCUGAGCAGAUUCGGCGGUGGUGGGACGUCAAGAGGCGAGGAAUGCGGGCAUUGAC